AAAAACAAAUUGACAAUAAUUCAUUAAAAAGACGCGGCCGACGGACGAUUUGGUUGAUUGACAAGGCAAUGGAGCAAAUAUGCAGAGUUUGCACGGGAAAGUCUAGUGAAUUUACAAACAUAUUUGAGGAGGCACAGAAGUGGGACACUUGCAUUGGUGACAUGAUAGCGCAGUGUACCGGGUACGACGUUAAGCGAGGUGAUUCAUUCCCUGAAAAUAUAUGCCCGCCAUGCCUUAAGGAUGCAGUAAAUGCCUUCAAUCUUAAGCAAACCUAUGAGCAAAGCCAUAAGCUCUACUUCCCAGUGAUGAAGAAGGGUAUACAAGAAGAUCUCUGUGAUAACGCUAAAGACGAGCAGGACUGGGAGCUGUCUGAUAGUAUAAGUGAGCACUCAAAAAGUGUGGCAUCCGAUGCACAAAUACAAAAAGAUGCUAGAGACAACAAUGAUAAUUUAGAUAGACCCUAUCAAUGCUUUUACUGCUCGAAGCUCUUUAAACAAAAAUCCCAUCUCAGCGAACACAUCCGUACCCACACUGGGGAGCGACCGUAUAAUUGUACUCACUGCUCGAAGUCAUUUCAACAAAAAUCGCAUCUUCAAGCCCACACGCGUAUUCACACUGGGGAGCGACCCUACAAAUGCGACCUUUGCUCGAUGUCAUUUCAACAAAAAUCCCAUCUGCAAGCCCAUACGCGUAUCCACACUGGGGAGCGACCCUACAAAUGCUCCUACUGCCCCAAAUCCUUUCAACAACAAUCACAUCUCGGCGACCACAUCCGUACGCACACAGGUGAUCGACCCUACAAAUGUGCUCACUGCUCGAUGUCCUUUAAGCUCAAAUCAACUCUCCAAGUACACACCUACACUCACACUGGGGAGCAGCCCUACAAGUGUUCUUACUGCUCAAAGGGCUUUAACCAUAGUACAUCUCUUAAAAGACAUACCCUUACCCACACGAAGAACGAGCAGACCAAAGAAAUAAACUAUAUUUCCCAGUGAUGGGAGAGGACGAAGAGGGUGUCGAAGAAACAUCUGUGAUAAUCUUGAAAACGAAAACUAGCUGUUUGAGAGUUGAUACAUGCAAUUAAAAAAAUAUGCAGCCUGAAAUUACUGAAAACGGUUGGUCUCCAGCAUCACUUCAGCAUACUGAUCUGAAUAAAGAUCUGUCGUAUACAUAUAAACAUAAUGCAAAUAAUAAAAAAGAUCCAUUAAAUCGUG